GUACUUGUCCUUUAUGAGAUAGAGCUCAGCAAGCUGCUCAUGUUAUUCGUCAACUUUCAUCUCUCACGAGCGAGCAUCUGUUAAUAUAAGUCUCAGAGCUUUAGGUUUUGCAGAAAACCCUUAACCCUCAUGCACGUCCAACGUCUUGUGAUCCAACAAACAAGAAACAUGCUUGGUUUCAGUACCGUGAUGUUGGAGAAUCUUCAUGAGCACAUCAACAAACUUCUCAAUCUCAGUUCUCCUGCACCACUACUACUGUUCUUACCCAUAAUAUGCAUAUUCUCAUACAUUUUCAUCACCAAUAAGCGUUCGCGCAAAGUUUUCCUAGUAGAUUUUGCAUGUUACAAGCCACCAGCCACCCAAAUGUGCAGCAAAGAAAGGUUCAUAGAUCGUUUCAAGAUCUAUGGAAAUUCCAACGAGACCAGCAUUGAGUUCAUGAGAAAGCUUCUGGGGAGGUCUGGAUUGGGUGAGAAGACAUACAUGCCGUCUUAUUUGAUGAACGAUCCUCCAGAUGUGAGCCUUGCAGAAAAAAGGAAAGAGGUUGAAUCUGUGAUGUUUGGAGCAGUGGAUUUGUUACUGGAAAAGACGGGAGUGAAUACUCAGGAUAUCGGGAUAGUAAUAGUUACAUGUACUAUUCUUAACGUGGUGCCAUCUCUUGCUGACAUGAUUGUGAAUAGGUAUAAGCUGAGAGAGAAUGUUCUGAUCUACAAUCUUACGAGUAUGGGUUGCAGUGCUGGACUUAGAGCUAUUGGCUUUGCCCAAAAGCUACUCCAGGUGCAUCCUAAUACCUAUGCCCUCUUGGUAAGCCCAGAAAACACCAUGCAAAUGAUCUACAAAGGCAACGAACGGUCAAAGCUCUUCAUGAAUUUCCCACUUCGUGUUGGUGGGGCCGCCGUCCUCCUCUCGAAUCGGCCUUCCGAUUAUGACAAGGCCAAAUACCAGCUCAUCCACACUGUCCAUACCCACACCGCCAGUCUUGACCGUUCAUACCAGAGCAUUUACGAAGAAGAAGACCCUGUUGGAAUCGGAGGCGUGACCAUCACCAAAGAUCUCUUAGCCGUCGCCGUCGAGGCCGUCGAAACCAACAUCCACGCACUUGGUCCCUUAGUUCUUCCCAUAUCUGAAAUAACCCGAUACCUCGCAAACUAUUUCAUAAGACACUUCAACUUGGCCGACGUCAAACCCUACGUGCCAAACUUUAAGAGAGCUAUAGAUCAUGUUUUCCCUCAUGUCGGCACAAAACCUGUUCUGGACGAGUUUGAGAGAAACCUAGGAUUCAACGAGGCAGACGUUGAGGCUUCUAGGAUGAACUUGUACAGGUUUGGGAACACUUGCAGUGCCUCAGUUUGGUAUGCACUAUCUUAUGGGGAGGCAAAGGGAAGGAUCAAGAAAGGUGAUAAUUUGUGGCAGAUUGCAUUUGGAUCUGGAUUCAAGUGUAGCAGUGCAGUUUGGCGGGCAUUGAAGACUGUUGAUGGUGAUGACAAGAGGAACCCAUGGAAGGAUGAGAUCAAGGAUUUUCCGGUUGACGUGCGGCAUAUUAAGACUUAUUCCGAGUUAUUUGAACCCACCAAAAAGAAAUGAGAGGACUGGGGAUAUCACAAUCGUUACAAGUGGGGUUUGGCCUCGGGCCUCCUACGGACCUACAUCCACAGUACAAGAAAAAACACGAUCGAGAAGGUGGGGUUGGGAUUCUAUAUAUAUUUGCGUUUAUUGCUCUCGUUGUAUUCGCUAUUUUUCUUUUUCUAAUUCGUCGAUGUUGAUGAUGGUUUCUUCUU